AUGAUGAAAUAUUUACUCCUCACACCGUAUAAUGAUGACCAUCGACCACCGCCCAAACCUCCAAGACCGCCAAAUCCGCCCAAACCUCCUAAUCCUGCUCCCAUGUUGCCACCCAACAGGGCUGCGAAAGGAUUGGCCGCACCGGCUCCAGGAGUGGAUGCGGUAUCUGAGCCAGAAGCAGCGCCGGACGCAGCACCCGAACCGGAGCCAGAAGUCUCAGUCUGCGUUCCAGCAGCACCAGGAGCCGGGAAUGGCGAGCCUGGAGCAGCACCUCCACCCAUUCCUCUCUGCAUCUGCAUCAUGCCUCUCAUCAUCUGA